CGGCUCGGGUGCAGUCCCUGUGUGUCUGCAAAGAGCUGUGAGCCAGAGCGGAAAGAGGUACAAACCGGGCCUGCAGUGCCUUUCCAUAUCGCUUGGAGCCAAGUAAACACCGCGCGAAUGGUGAAAUCGGUGCUUUGAGGAAGUUACUGAAAUCAUGAAUCCUGUGUAUAGCCCUGGAUCUUCUGGGGUUCCCUAUGCAAAUGCCAAAGGAAUUGGUUAUCCAGCUGGCUUCCCAAUGGGCUAUGCAGCAGCUGCUCCUGCCUAUUCCCCUAACAUGUAUCCUGGAGCAAAUCCUACCUUCCAAACAGGUUAUACACCAGGUACCCCGUACAAAGUCUCCUGUUCACCCACCAGUGGAGCAGUGCCACCGUAUUCCUCGUCACCGAAUCCCUACCAGACUGCUGUGUACCCAGUCAGAAGUGCCUACCCACAGCAGAAUCCAUAUGCACAGCAAGGCACUUACUACACACAGCCUUUAUAUGCAGCACCACCCCACGUAAUUCACCACACCACAGUCGUGCAGCCCAAUGGAAUGCCAGCAACCAUGUAUCCUGCUCCGAUCCCCCCCCCCCGAGGGAACGGGGUGACCAUGGGCAUGGUGGCUGGGACGACUAUGGCAAUGUCAGCAGGUACUUUGUUGACAACUCAUUCCCCAACUCCAGUAGCCCCUCAUCCAGUUACUAUGCCCACGUAUCGGGCUCCAGGAACACCAACCUAUAGUUAUGUGCCCCCGCAGUGGUGAUCAUCCUGGCAGUCAGUGUUUGAAGAUGGGAGAUAUGCAAUCAAGAAAUUGAGGUUUAAAAGUUGGUGCUGAAGCCCUCAUGCCUCCAACCAGGACUUUCCUUCUGAAUGCUUUCAACACUUGGCUAAACACUACUAAUUCCUGAUCACUGAAGAUUUUCCAGUGCUGCAUAUCUUACAUCUUGGAACUCCAGCAGUUAGUCUUAAAGCAAAUCCUGUUUUGUGGACUGUCUUGCAAUUUUUUAGCUAAUUAUAACGAUAAAAAGGGAGUAUAAAUUUAUUCUGAUCCAUAUCUAGUUGAAUGCAUGUUAAAACACAAAAACAAAGCUUGCUCAAUCUACCUGCAGUGACUGAUGCAAAAACCAUCAUAUGCAAAUCCAAAGGAACCGAAAAGUAUUUUACAACUUGUAUCACUAAUGCACUGUUGUAAUGUAUGCGGGGUCUGAAAAGGUAGAAUCAUGACAGUGAGUUUCUUUCUGGAAUACCAUAACAUACAUUAGAUAAGUGCUUCAGCCUUUUUCAGGUUGAUGGAGUUGCCGGUUUAAAAGGGGCAUAUUUUUAUUUAAGUGAUGUGUUCUUUUCGAAUUCAGCUACUAAAUUGGAGUGACUGGAAAAUGAGUCAGACAAGCUGUAGAAAUCCCGCACACAAUUAGUUUACUUCAUACCUUUUCAUUUUCGUGAUAUGAGUUCAGUGUUAUACAGAUGUUCUUAGGAUCAGAAUGAAAUGACAGAGGUAAUGCUGUGUGUGCCAGUAAAUAAGGCAAACUUCCUUGAGGCAAAACUGGCUCUUAGGAAUAGUAGGAGGUGAUAUCACCUGCAUAAAGAAUUGCAUGUCCUGGGGAGAUUUCUAUCCAGUACUAUCUUUCAUACGAUGCAAGAUGUGUCAAAGUGAGACUGCCACACAGAUUGAUAGAAAACACUUUCUUUUAGUUCUCAGUUGAGGAAAUCCGUGCUGUUUUUCCUAAAGAAUGUUGUAGUCAGUUGAAAAUGUAUGUGCAGCUGAUCCAGCUUGCUUUCUGGAAACUUAAGAAGUGCGAGGGCUUUCUGCAGCAAACAGAGUUCAGCUGCAUGUUACUCUGAGGAAAGCUUGUGUGCCUGAUGAGUAUGUUAAAGGGGAACAAAUCAUUUUAACGCAAUUUCCUUAUUAGCUACUUGCAGUAUGGACUAUGGAUACUCUGUAGUAGGGCUGCCAGAGGUUUCAAAAAGCAGUUUUUUUUUUUUUUUCUGAAAGUAUUUGUAGUUGAAAUAGGAGCCACAUGUUGGUUACAGCAUUUUUACGUGUUUUCUUAGUAUUUUUUUUUUACUUCCUAAAUUGCACUUGGAAGCACGUAAAAUAAGACUGAACUGCAGAUUAGCAUUUCAUUGCAGUGAGUCAUUUGUGAUAUUCUUUCUUGCAACUUCAAUUUUUAAAGUACCUCAAAGCAAAUGCUGUGGGCAUAAAGGGCUAGCCUUGGAACCCAUUUGUAUACCAAAAUCGUUAUGGGAGAGAUUUUAAAUUUUUAAAUUUGAAUAUUGCACAUUAAAAUCGAGGUUUUUCUUAAACCUGCUUGACUUACAAUUCCAGAAAGAUGUAAUUUUCUUUUUUUUCUUCUUUUUUUGAUACAUUCUGCCUGCAAUAAAUUAUGCAGUAAAUGGUUAUAAAAUGUUGUUCCCUUUUAAGCAUUUACACCGAGGUAUAUCAGGCUGUAUUGUUCCCUUAGGUAAACUUCCAUUCAGAAUUAAAUUUUUUGAAGUUGUGUAUCUAGUUACGCUUUGUUUUGGGGUGUUCUGCUCCUGUACAGAUUUGGCAGCUGCUUCGGGGCAGCAUCAGUGCUGAUUUAAUGCUGCCAUCCCAGUACUCUGCCCUGGUGGGAGGCUUGUGUACCUUCAUACCCCAUUGGUGGUUAGAGCCUUCAGUAACUUUAUUUUUUACAGUAAGCACUCUCUGUAUUUUGUACCCCCCCUUUUUUUUUUUAAUAAAGUUUAGGUUUAUUUUGCAUGAAUCACUGUCAGUGGAUGGCCCCCUUAUUUCUAAUGCCUUGAACAUAACUAUGUUGUUAGAAUAAGUACUUUAAACCUUAUUCGUGAGCACUUACUGCAGCUUAGGGAUUUCCAUAUGUUUUCUAUAUGGAGCAGAAAGUUACCCAAGACAAACUUAGUUGAAUCUGUAGUGCUUUGUUCAAGUCUGUUUAACAAUUCCAUUUAUGUAGUAGUGUGCAACUUUGAUUAGUGAGGUGUGGCAGAGCACAAUGAGCAUUAACACAAGGCACCUGUCCUGAGCGUGGUUUUAACCAGGAGCUGAGGUCUGGAGCAGGGCUGUGUUGGGGAGGAGCUGGGAAGGCCAAGCUGAAAGCUUUGCUGUCUCCCGUCUCAUCACCAUAAACUGAAGCUUUGAAAAUCAUAGGAGAGAACUUCCAUGAAUGCUGCAAUAGAGAAAUAGUUGAGAAAUGAAUAUAACUUCCUGUAUAUUUGCUCUAACUUCAGAUUCCUAAAUGUCAUCUUGGAAUUGGUCUCCAUAUAGUAUUCCAUAACAUUUAGGCAGUCUCACUUACUUGAGCACUUUUUUUUCUAAGUUGCAUUAUGGGAUUCAUCCAGGAGGGAGAAACUGUACCUUUUCCAAAGGUACUACACCUUCCAGUUCUGAGCGAUUCUGAUCUGCUGGGAGGCUGGAGCGUGUCUCCAGGAGUUGUUAUGAAAAGUAACCAAAAGCACAGUGCAGGGGGACGGGGGAAUAUGUGUAUAUAUAACUAUCUUAAUGGUAUUUUGUUGCAAAUAGUAGAAAGCAUGGAUAUAAAACUGCAGCAGGGGAAACUGUACAUCAUUAAAUAGGCGUUUACACAGUGAGGGUCUUACGAAACAUUCUCUCCUGCUUUUUAUAUAACAUUCCCUAUUUAGAAUUCCUUUAUAAAUGAAUACGCAGUAUGUGUUUGCACAAGAGCUCCUCAGCAAGUGAAAAGAGCUAGUGCAGUAGAGACAUUUCAGAUCAAGCUUCUCUUUAAAAAAAAAAAAAAAAAACCAAAAAAAAAACACACAAAAAAACUUUUAUGGCAGCUUUAUAUGAUUAAAAAAAAAGUACUACUAUAAACCUGGAACUGAAAAUAACUUGCAGCAAUAACAAAGAGAAGUCCAAGAAAGAUUUUUCUUUUUUUUUGGUUAAAAUUCAAAUUUCAAGUGUCGAGUUCAGAUAAAGUAUUUUUAAAAAACUGAGGUAUUCCCUAUGUCAGUAACAGCUGAUGAAAAUGUCUUUUAAAUGUAGCAGCAGCAAAAUAAAAGUGGCUAAUAAUUGGCACCAAAAACAUGUAGCCCUAGUCAGUGGCAUGGUGGUUAACUAAACACUAGGAAGGAAAAGAGAGAACCUACUAUUAGAUGUUGCUUAUGCUUGUUGUAACCAUCUCCUGUUUGAAGUUUCUAGGAGACAUGCAGGAAUGCUGUUCAAGAAAGCUUCUUUUUGAGUGUACUAUGCAAGUUAAAGGCUUAGAUGCAGUGGUAGACAAAAAAAGUCCUUUAUUUUAGUUGAAGUUCUUCCUCGUAUUGCUUCAUCCACUGAAAAAAAAAAAAAAAACAAAAACCAGAACCAAACCACCACCUGUCAGUACCACCGUGUCUUAGUGUUGUCAGAAAAUAGCUGAUGGUGCAGAGCUGUAUACCAGGGUACUCAGCAUUGACUGCUCUCCAGGGAGCGUUCUGGCUUCACUGCUCCUUGGGUAGUAAGGCAAGAGAUGGUCAGGAUUGUCUUGGAAUCACUCCCCAGUGCUUCAGCACAGUAUUACACACUUGUUCAUUUGGCUUUUGCUUGAAUAGGUGAGCACAGCAAUCCAAUACCACCACCUAAGUAGGCUUAAACUCAUCCCAGGAGUAGUAACUACCGUGCGUGUGAAACCUUCCAUCGUAGGAUCGUGAGCGAUAGUGAUGCUUCAGCUGGAGCUGGAGGGAGAGGACGGACGCGGGGGCUGUGCCGGGCCCGUGGUGCCCGGGCUGUGGGCUGUGCCUGGCCCGUGGUGCCCGGGCUGUGGGCUGUGCCUGGCCCGUGGUGCCCGGGCUGUGCCGUGUUCAUGGCAAACAGGCCCAGUCAGCCCCGGCCUCUCCAGCAGGUGUCAGGCGGGAGCCCCAGCCCUGUCCCGGCGGUUGUGAGCGCUGGAACAGACGCGGCGAGUUCAGCUCAUUCACAUUGUUCUCAUUACUGAGUGUCAGCUUUCUAAUCCUGUAUCGUGUCAGCUCGAAGGGUCGUGCAGAGCCCUCAGACGUGAGGAGGUGCAGUGCUGCUUAGCAGGAGCUCCUGCAGCAGGGAAGGGCAGUUUGUGCAUCAGGGCUCGCCAAGAGCCGAGUUGGUUCUGAGCUCUCCUCCGAAGGAGCGAGGCCUCGGCAGGCUGUGCACCUCUGGUCAGGGGUGCUGAGGGGGAAUAAGGGCUGGUUUGUAGACUGAAGAGAGGGAAAAGGAACAGUGCUUAUCUGGGGACAAGGAAACCUUUUCUUGUGUGGGUUGCAUAUAACACUGAAACAUCUGAAUUUCAUGCGUAGUAAGGGUCCAUUUGUGAUUUGUAAAAUUUAUGGGCUCUGAAGUUUAAACAUCAAGAAAGUGAACAUGACUUCUAAACUGGUUGUGACUUUUGGGCACUUAGCAGGCAAACUGGGAAAGCUUUUUUAGCUGGCUGCUGUACAGAUUUGUUUUAAGUAGAAGGGAUUUGUUAGUGGGUUUUUUUUAAUUGUAAUGCUAUUAUUGGCUGCCCUCCUGUCCAAGAUUUAAAAAAGUGAGUGCAUGCAAUGGAAGUACAAGAGGCCCCAGUAAUAGUUCUCCAUGUUUGUUAUGAAAUAGACACAGGUUUCCUUUUUAUGACUUUUUUUAAAACUGUCUUAGGAACAGUUGUAUUGGUACUUUUUUUUUAAGUUUAGGUCAAUGUUGUCUUCCAGAAUAAGUUUUAAGGCAUCACUCACUCCUGCAUUGAACUAUUGCAUCAACACAAAGAGUGGAGAUUCCAUUCUGAGCCAGUUCAAUUGUGAAAAUUCAUACUUUUUUUAUUUUUUAUGCAAUUCAAUGAGUAGAUGAGCUCAGAUUUAAAUUCUUAAAAGCACGUUUAUUGUAACAAGAAUUGUUAUGUAUUAAUACUUCAGUUUUCAAUAAAGAUUGACUUGUGUUGCUUA